AUGGAAAAGAUAAGAGAGAAGUUGAAUGGUUUAAAAUUGGAAGCCGAAUCAUGGCAAGAAAAGUAUGAAGAGUUAAAGGAACAAUUCAAGCAAGUGGAACAGGAUAAUGUCGAGAAGGAAAAUCAAAUAAAAUCAUUGACCACUAAAAAUCAACAAUUGGAUGAAGAAGUCGAGAAAUUAGAAGAAGAAUUGAGCGAAUCCAAGCAAUUAGCUGAAGAUUCAAGCAAUUUGAAAUCUAAUAAUGAUAACUUUACCAAGAAGAAUGAACAAUUAGAAGAAGAAUUGGAAGAAAUUGAUGGUAAGUUGAAGGAAACCAUCGAGAAAUUGAGAGAAUCUGACUUAAACGCCGAACAAUUAGGCAGAAAGGUUGUUGCUCUAGAAGAAGAAAGAGAUGAAUGGGAAAGAAAACAUGAAGAGAUUUCCGUUAAAUACGAAGAUGCCAAGAAGGAAUUGGAUGAAAUUGCAGCUUCUUUGGAAAAUUUAUAA